AUAACACAUCCCUCUUCCCUUCACAGCUUGGCUGAGAGAUGAGCUUCUCACUCACCACCACCACCUCCCAUCUCCCCAAGCCUCUGCCUUCUCUCUCCCCUCCCUCCAAACACAAAAAGCUUAAUCUAUCUAUCCCCAUAAAGGCAUUCAAAAACAUCAAUAAUACUAAAGCCACCCGAUGCUGGGCUAACCAAAAGUCUGUAUUAGCUAUCCAAAUAGCAGCAAUCUUGGCCACUGGAGGUGUAGAGCCGGCUCUGGCGGUGACGGGAGUGAAUGGACAAGAAGAUUUGAUAUGGAUAUUGAUUCAAUCAGGGAUUUCGGCCUUCUUCUACUUCAUUGUUUUCCCGCCUAUCCUCAUGAAUUGGCUGAGGAUAAGGUGGUAUAGGAGGAAUCUGUUGGAGAUGUAUGUGCAGUUCAUGUGUGUCUUCAUCAAUUUCCCUGGCUUGGUGCUGUGGGCACCAUUUCUCAACUUCAGGAAAUUGCCACAAGACCCUUCCAUGAAGUACCCCUGGUCGGUGCCGGAAGACAGUUCUAAGGGCAGAAACAUCUACCGGAAAUAUCCAUGGGCAACUCCGGAGGACUAUGACUAAUCCACAAGCUGCCUAAAUUGCUUCUUUUGUCCUCUCUUCUUUCCUCUACUCAUGUCUGAGCUAUCAAUAUACAGAAUUGUUUUGUGUAUAAACAUACUGUAAAUUCUAUACCCUUUCAAUACGCUGCAUACGAACAGACAGCACAUGCAGACACAAAAACAAUGUGUUUAUGAAGAAGAAAUAUUCAGCAGCAA